AUGACAACUGAACAUAAAGACAGCUCAAUGAUGAGCAGGUUCAAGGUGUUCUGUAGUGGGCAAGCGUGUGGCGCAAGAUGGACCCUCGGAGCCCUACUUUUGGCACCCCUCACUGCAGCGAACCCCAAUUACUGUGCCGUGCCAGCUACAAUUCUGGUUGCUGUAUUCAUCACUUUUGCAUCGUUCACAAACAGGGACCUAAAGAAAUUGGCAGAAGUGCUCCCACCUUCUAAAACUGGACGAGGAAGACGGGAACGCAAUUUAAGAUCGUUCGCCGAUUUCAUGGCUAUGUGGAUGUGGUUUUUGUCACAUCUAGUGGCUGUUGCCGUUUGUGCCAGAAUUCUUAGCGCGACUGCGGAUCAUGUAACUGGAAGUAGAACUAGGCGGUGGUUGUUUGGUUACGAAGCCAGGUCACUUGGAGAACCUUGGCCUGAUGUAUUGGGAGUCACUGUAGUGUUGGUGGUUUGCGCUAUGUUCAUGUGUGGGCUGGAGGAAAGUAUGAUGUUUACGUGUCUACUGUUGAUAAUUCUGUAUAUAUUCAGUCAGUCUUUUACGAUAUAUGGCCUUAUGAAUCUGGAUAUAACCAAUAUUAAGAUGCCUUUACCUAUUACUGUGUAUGAGUUAUUCGCUGCUGGUGCUCCCAUAUCGUACACAUUUUGUACAGUACAAAAGAAGAAUGAUAAAGAAAGUUUUAAUAGGAAUGUGUUACUUAUGAUUGGCCUACCAGCUCUUGUUCUAAGUUGCCUUUGUUUCCUUUACACAAAUAUGUUGAAAGGUACAAGCAUUGACGCUGCAUUGCCAAUGACAACGUUAUUAGAAGCACGGGUGGCUGGGUGGAUAUGUCCAGUUUUAGCAGCUAUAACCGUAGCAGGAGUAUGUCUAGCAUUAACAGAGCUCUGUCCGUUACUUUUUUCUGUACUCGUCCUACUCGCCUCCCCAGAAUGGAAGGUACUAACCCGUUCCAUGACGUAUGAAAGUACGACAACAGGAAGUCCGGUCUUAGCUGUCUUUACAGCAGGAAGCUUAGCCGCCAUACUGGCAUUUGCCUGUCCACUCGCUCACAUGAUCACGCUUAUGAAUGCUAGCCAUUUAAUGAGCCUGACCAUUCAGGCUUUACACUUUAUCAUUAUGAGAUGCGUGCCUACAACUGAACAAAUUGAAGCCGGUGAUGUUGAAUAUAAGCGCCUCGGCAUCGGUACCAGCAUUGCCACAAGAAAGUCUUCAGGACUAAAACGCAAACGCAGCCUUUGGUUCAUACCUUCAGCGAUACGUCACACAAAGACUUUGGAGAGCAUUAAAUCUAAAGUGAAUAAAGAAACAGAAGAAAGAGAAUGCCUACUCUUAGACGAAUAUUCUGGCUGUCAAAGUGAAGAAGUCGAACAACGCUCUGCCAGUGGGCUUGCUGAAUUGGCCGAAGCAGAGGUUGUUGACCUCCAAUCCGAUAUGGAGGCUAGCGAUGGGGAACUUUCAUCGGGAGACGAUUCUACUGAUAUUGAUGCGGUUGUUAAGGAGUAUAGAGACCGAAUACAGGUCGUAACAGCCAUCCCCGAAUCAAGUACACCAGCGCCACCUAGCGUACGAGGCGCGCGAUGGGUAGCUGUCGGUGCUUGUACGCAGCUGAUAGCGAGCGCCUUUAUUGCUGCAGCUUUCUGCUGCGAGAAAUACAGAGUGCCUAUGUUUGCUACUGGAAUACCAUUAUGGUUAUGUGGGACAUUCAUAUCAAUAUGGCACCCAGCACACCUCGUUGGCAUCAAGAGGUUGAACCAGUUGCAAGGACCCAUAACUAUGCUACUCUCGCUUCUGCUUCUCACACCGUUACUUUUGGAUUCUUGGCCAGCUAUUAUCCUUUUUGCUGGCGCUGGUGUGGUUAUAUACGCACGCUGUGAACGCUGGUGCGGCGACUUAGCAGUACAUCAAGCGCGCAGUACCCUAGAGCGCCGGAAGCUGCGUCAUGUCACCGCCACUAUGCCGUUAGGUGGCGCACGACUUACGCAUAUCGAUACAGUGUACAUCACUAGGUAA